GAGAUGACGUAGUUAGGGCUACAAAGAGAAGAAACCGGGAGCUGCGAUUCACAUUCCGGAAGGGAGAAGACGCGUCAAGAUGUGCGACUACUCCGACGACCAGAUUGCCGACUACAAGGAGUCCUUCCAACUUUUUGACCGUGUCGGCGAUGGCAAAAUCCUCUUCGGCCAGUGUGGGGACGUCAUGCGGGCACUGGGGCAGAACCCCACUAAUGCUGAGGUGAUGAAGGUUUUGGGAAACCCAAAGCCUGAAGACAUGAACAUCAAGACACUUGACUUCGAGCAAUUCCUCCCCAUGAUGCAAACAGUUGCCAAGAACAGGGAUGUACCUGGAUUGGAGGACAUCAUAGAAGGGCUAAGAGUCUUCGACAAGGAGGGAAAUGGCACAGUUAUGGGCUCCGAGUUGCGUCAUGUCCUGGUUUCCCUCGGAGAGAAGAUGACAGAUGAUGAAGUAGAGACCCUUUUAAGUAAUCAUGAGGAUGCUAAUGGUUGCAUUAAUUAUGAAGUGUUUGUCAGGAACAUCUUAUCUUCGUGACUUCACUCAGUGGAACUUAUCCGGGCGAUAUUGAACGGCUGAAGCUUCUCCUUUAGUUUACCUCUGCCCAGUGGGGAUGAAGUGUGGGGGGGAAGUUAGUUAGCAAUUUAUUCAAGCCCUUCACUAGAGAGGAAGACAGGCUAUAUAGUAAGUGCCUUUUCUGCUUCCUCCUUAUCCCAUCAGUCACCCCCUUCUUCUCGCAAGUGGCAAAAUUCGUAUUCAUUUUUUCUGUAACAUCACAAGGGAGGCCCACAGCUACAGCUUAAAUGAACAUCGGUAGAAAUUGUGGCAAAAUAAUUUUUCAUAUCACCCCCCCCCCCCAUGCUUCCUUAAUGCUGUAGUGUGCAGAGAAAGAUAAAUUAUUUCAAAUUUCUAUUUUUUCCCCUAUCCAACAUCAAAUAAACUGAGUGACUUUUUCCAAGA